AUGGCGCGCGCCCGUCGCGCAUCGCCGCCUCCAACCCGCGCCAUCCUGCGCUCGUCGUCGCGCGCCGUGCGCCUGCUACUGCUCGUCGCCCUCUUCGACCUCCUCGCCCCCUCCGCAGCUUCCGCGUCGCAUCCACCCGACGGCGGCGAUGCCUCCCACUCGAGCAUUGCCGCCGCCGCCGCCGCCGCCGCCGCCGCGGAUGGUGGCGUGGCGGACGCGGGAAUGGGAUUGGGGAUAGCGGAUCAGUUUGUGUCCACUGAAGAUCUCCCAGCGGCGAAUGCGGCGGUAGAUGCGGCGGCAGAUGCGGCGAGAGAUGCGGCGACGGAUGCGGCGGGGCAGGCAGAGUUCGAUCCUAGAUUGGCGGGAGUAGAGGAGGAGGAGCGAUUGGUGGACGAGCUGCUGACGUGGCUGGAGGAGAGAGGCGUGACAGGGAUCCGAGGGGAGGAGGCCGCUGUGGAGGUGAGGCAAUUGAGGGGCUGCGGUGGGAAGAGGGGUGUGCUCAUUCCACAACUGCUGCAUGCAAUGGUGCCUUUCCCGCUACACCCUCCCCGUGCUACUUCCCUGCAUUCCACCCGCUGCAACUCAUGCACACUUGUGCUCUCUUCUUCCCUGCCACCCUCAACGGCCGCCGCCCUCCCUGCCGCCCUCUCCACGCGUCCUCUCGUCCUCACGUCCCCUCCACACCACUCUCGUGCACGCAUGCAGGUGGUCAUUGACGCCAACACCACUCUCAAGGCGUCCGGCAGGUCAAGGGCGAAUCUGUGCAUGGUGGCUCGUCGCCCCAUCGCGGAGGGCGAGGUGUUCCUGUCGCUGCCUCGCUCGUUCACCGUCUCUGCCCUUCAAGCACAGGAGGAGGCAAAGCCGUACGAGGGAGAGGUGCAUCCAUUCACGGCGCUGGCGGCGUGGGUGUUGAGGGAGCGAGCCAAGGGGCGCGCGUCCCUGUGGGCGCCCUUCGUGCGCCUGCUGCCCGCCCACCUGCCCUUCCCGCACCUCUUCCGCGCCCAGCUCGUGCCAGAGCUGCAGUAUGACGUCAUGCUGGCCGAGAUCUUCCCCUGCUCUGCCUCCCCUGCCCUGCCUCCCCUGCUCUGCCUCCCGUGCUCUGCCUCCCCUGCCCUGUCUCCCCUGCUCUGCCUCCCCUGCCCUGUCUCCCCUGCUCUGCCUCCCCUGCCCUGUCUCCCCUGCUCUGCCUCCCCUGCUCUGCCUCCCCUGCUCUGCCUCCCCUGCUCUGCCUCCCCUGCUCUGCCUCCCCUGCUCUGCCUCCCCUGCCCUGUCUCCCAUGCUAUCUCCUCUUUCCUCCUUCCCUGCUGCGCACAGGUCAUGGAACACAAGAAGGCGCUCCUGCAAGAGUACAACAAGUGCCGCCCAGAGGCCAUCGCCAAUGCCACCCAGGAGGAGUUCUUCUGGGCGGCAGGGAUCGUCACUUCCCGCAUGUUUGCGCUGAGGCCUGCUGCAGCAGCAGAGGGAGAGGGCAAGGGGAAUGAGGGGGAGGGGCAGGGCGAGGAGGAGAGGCAGGAGGCAGACAUAUCGCUGGUGCCGUAUGGGGACCUCUUUGACACCGAUGACGUGCCCAUCGCCAUCUGGCAGGACACGGGCAGCAGGAUAGAGUUCACAGCACUGACGGACAUACCAGCGGGGCAGCACGUGGCAGUGCACUACGGGGAGCUGAGCAACGACUCAAGACGCAUCCCCUCUUUCCCCUCCACCCACCCCCCCAACCCCCAACCCCUUCAUCAGGACACGGGCAGCAGCAUAGAGUUCAUGGCGCUGACGGACAUCCCAGCGGGGCAGCACGUGGCAGUGCACUAUGGGGAGCUGAGCAAUGACGAGGCGCUGGUGAUGCGCGCCAUGGACACGGGCAGCAGCAUAGAUUUCACAGCGUUAACAGACAUCCCACCGGGUCAGCAUGUGUCAGUGCACUACGGGGAGCUGAGCAACGAUGAGGCGCUGGUGAUGCGCGCCAUGGUGCUGGGCGGCAACUACCGCGACCACCUGCACCUCUUCUCCUCGCCCCAGGACGCCCUUGGCUUCCACGUUGACAAGUUUCUGCGCGGCUACGGGCACACGCUGGAGCGGGGCACGUUUGAGAGCGUGGAGGCAGAGCUGCAGCGCCAGGCAGCGGCACCGCAGUACGCGGGCGUGGCGCAGCGCUUUGAGUACCGCAUGGCACCGGGCAGCCCCCUCUCCGCAUGGUUCGGCGGGCGCUUUGACCCGCGCCUGCUGGGCAUCUUCACUGCUCUGCACGCCCUCGUCAGCCGGCUGAGCCAGGUGGCACAGGUGUCGCUGCUGUACGGGUGGAUGAAGAGGGGCACGUUUGAGAGCGUGGAGGCAGAGCUGCAGCGCCAGGCAGCGGCACCGCAGUACGCGGGCGUGGCGCAGCGCUUUGAGUACCGCAUGGCACCGGGCAGCCCCCUCUCCGCAUGGUUCGGCGGGCGCUUUGACCCGCGCCUGCUGGGCAUCUUCACUGCUCUGCACGCCCUCGUCAGCCGGCUGAGCCAGGUGGCACAGGUGUCGCUGCUGUACGGGUGGAUGAAGAGGGGCACGUUUGAGAGCGUGGAGGCAGAGCUGCAGCGCCAGGCAGCGGCACCGCAGUACGCGGGCGUGGCGCAGCGCUUUGAGUACCGCAUGGCACCGGGCAGCCCCCUCUCCGCAUGGUUCGGCGGGCGCUUUGACCCGCGCCUGCUGGGCAUCUUCACUGCUCUGCACGCCCUCGUCAGCCGGCUGAGCCAGGUGGCACAGGUGUCGCUGCUGUACGGGUGGAUGAAGGACCCCAAGACCACCUGCGAUGACCUGGCGCGCCUCGUGGACGAUGACGUGUCGGACGCGGUGCCGCCAGCUGGCAACGUGCUGGUGGAGCGAGGGCAGCAGCUGCUCAAAGAGUUCCCGACGACCCUGGGGGAGGACCUGCAGCUGUGGCGGCAGGUGCAUGUGUGCAAGGCGCGUGUGCUGUUCGGUGCGGUGGAGGGGGGUGAGGAGGGUGAUAAGGGUGGUGGGGAUGGUGCGGAAGUGGUGCAGUGCGGUGCGGAGUAUGUGAGGGAGCUGGGCGAGUGGGAGGUGAUACUGAGAGCAGUGGAGGAGGCAGGGACAGGGACAGUGCAGAGCGUGGCAGUGGCUGACAGGAGUGCAGUAUUCUUCUUCAUGUUGUUGAGCUAA